UUCCUUAACCACGUUGAAGGCUGGGAUUUCUAAAAACAAAAUAGUAUAUGUUUGCGCGAGGGAAAAUGUCAUAAAGCUGUUAUCGCUGAUUAUACCAUCUCGACUUUAGUUUAAAAUAUAAAGUUUGCUUAGUUCUCUGACGUUUACCUCCCCUACGGGUUGGCCGCAUCCAUUGUUUAUAGUAAAGUGGGUGUCUGGUUUCUUCUUACGAACAGUGAACGCAAAACGGGAAAAAUAGAUACUGUAUCUAGGUCCAGAGGGAGGCAGUGAUUUAUACUAUAUAGACAGAUACUGAAUCAUUUGACUGUCGCUGAGGAUAACUCGCUGAAACUGGGAUUACUGCAACUUUACAUUGAGCUCAUCGGUACUGUCUGAGCAUUAUCCUUUAAACUGGUUGACUUGCUGCAACGUCCCAACUAGAUGAACUGGAAUAGCGGGAUACCUUACUUCGUCUCCUCUGCAGAUGCCCAGUGCCCUGCCCCGAGGCCUGAGGAGAAGUGACCAGCGCCCCAGUGCCCAUGGCUCCAGCUGCGGGGAGCCCCCGAGCCCGCUGCUUGCUCUCCCUGCAGGGCUUGCUGGUCCUGCUGGUCGGGGGCCUGGCUGGCAGAGGUCCCUCCUGGGCCCCUGAGUCGCUGUGCCACAGGGCGGAGCACCCCAUCAUCUCUCACUCAGAGAUGGAGCCGUGGAUACACCGGUUCAGGGCAGAAGGCACAGUGGAUUACUCACAGCUGACCUUUGACCCAGGCCAGAACGAACUGAUUGUGGGAGCCAGAAAUCACCUCUUCAGGCUGCAUUUGGAGGACCUCUCUUUAAUCCAGGGGGCAGAGUGGCAGUGCGAUGAGUUCACCAAGGGAGCUUGCUUCAGCCGGGGAAAAUCAGAAGAAGAGUGCCAGAAUUAUAUCCGCGUCCUUCUUGUUAAUGGAGACAGGCUAUUCACCUGUGGAACCAACGCUUUCACUCCCAUUUGCACCAAUCGCACGCUGACCAACCUGACGGAGAUCCAUGACCAGAUAAGCGGUAUGGCGCGCUGUCCUUACAACCCCCUGCACAACUCCACCGCCCUCAUCACCUCCAACGGCGAACUGUACGCCGCCACGGCCAUGGACUUCUCCGGAAGGGACCCCGCCAUCUACCGCAGCCUCGGGGGCCUGCCACCCCUCCGCACCGCUCAGUACAACUCCAAGUGGCUCAACGAACCCAACUUUGUCUCAUCCUACGACAUUGGGAAUUUCACCUACUUCUUCUUCCGGGAGAAUGCGGUGGAGCACGAUUGCGGGAAGACCAUCUUCUCACGGGCGGCCCGCGUCUGCAAGAAUGACAUCGGGGGCCGCUUCCUGCUGGAGGACACCUGGACCACCUUCAUGAAGGCCCGCCUCAACUGCUCCCGCCCGGGUGAGAUCCCCUUCGACUACAGCGAGCUGCAGGACACCUUCUUCCUUCCAGAGCUGGAGCUGCUCUAUGGGAUCUUCACCACCAACAUGAACAGCAUCGCGGCCUCAGCGGUGUGCGCGUUCAACCUGAGCGCCAUCACCCAAGUGUUCAGCGGACCGUUCAAGUACCAGGAGAACUCGCGAUCCGCCUGGCUGCCUUAUCCCAACCCCAACCCAGAUUUUCAGUGUGGCACGAUAGACUACGGCUCGUACGUUAACCUGACGGAGAGGAACCUGCAGGAUGCUCAGAAGUUCAUCCUGAUGCAUGAGGUGGUGCAGCCUGUGGUCCCAGUCCCGUACUUCAUGGAGGACAAUGUGCGUUUCUCUCACGUGGCUGUGGACGUAGUGCAAGGCAAAGACAUGCUCUUCCACAUCAUUUACCUGGCCACAGAUUACGGGACCAUCAGGAAAGUGCUGUCCCCAUUGAACCAGUCGGCCGGUAGCUGCCUGCUGGACGAAAUCGAGCUCUUCCCCCCCAGGAAGAGGCAGCCAAUCAGGAGCCUGCUUAUUCAGCACAGUCGCAGUGUGCUGUUCGUAGGUGUCAGGGACCAGGUGAUCAAGAUCCCGCUCAUGCGCUGCAACUUCCAUAAAACACGCGAGGCCUGUGUGGGAGCUAGGGACCCCUACUGUGGCUGGGACCUAGUGCUGAAGAAGUGCACCACACUUGAGGAGAGCCUCAGCAUGAGCCAAUGGGAACAGAGCAUCACAGAAUGUCCGACGAGGAACGUGACGGUGAACGGGAGGUUCGGGGCGUGGUCGGGCUGGAAGCCGUGCGGUCACAGCGAUGCAGGCAGCAUGGGCUCCUGCCUGUGCAGGACCCGGGCUUGCGACAGCCCCAACCCCCAGUGCGGUGGGCAGCCGUGCCAGGGCCCCAGCGUGGAAGUUACCAACUGCUCCAGAAAUGGCGCCUGGACACCCUGGACAUCCUGGUCGCCCUGCAGCACCAGCUGCGGCAUCGGGUUCCAGGUCCGACAGCGCUCCUGCAGCAACCCCACCCCCCGCCACGGGGGCAGAGUGUGCGUGGGCCAGAACCGCGAGGAGAGAUACUGCAAUGAGCACCUUCCCUGUCCGCCGCACGUGUACUGGUCAAGCUGGUCUCCAUGGGAACGCUGCACAGUGCCCUGUGGGGGCGGCCUCCAGACCCGCCGCCGGACUUGCGAGAACGGGAACGAGUGCCCCGGCUGCAGCCUGGAGUACCAAUCCUGUAACUCCCUCCCCUGCCCCGACCUGAAGAAAACCACGCCCUGGACUCCCUGGACUCCGGUCAACAUCUCGGACAAUGGCGGCCAUUAUGAACAGCGCUUCAGAUACACCUGCAAGGCCCGAGUGCCUGACCCUGGCCUGCUGGAGGUGGGCCGGCAAAGGAUCGAGAUGCGCUACUGUUCAAGUGAUGGAUCCACCGGCUGCUCCACUGAUGGAGACCUCCUCCGCUCAGGCAGGAUCAGCGCUCACACGGUCAACGGCGGCUGGUCGGCCUGGAGCUCCUGGUCCCAGUGCAGCCGGGACUGCAGCCGGGGGAUCCGCAGCCGCAAGCGCACCUGCAACAACCCCGAGCCCAAAUACGGGGGCAUCCCCUGCCUCGGGCCUGCGCUGGAGUACCAGGAGUGCAACAUCACCCCCUGCCCAGUGGACGGGAGAUGGUCCUGCUGGUCUGCCUGGUCCAAGUGCUCAGUGACGUGCGGAGGAGGGCAUUACAUGCGAACGCGCACCUGCAGCAACCCCCCACCAGCCUAUGGUGGGGACAUCUGCCUGGGUCUGCACACAGAGGAGGCGCUGUGCAACACCCAGCCUUGCCCAGAGAGCUGGUCGGUGUGGUCGGAGUGGUCGCAGUGCGGGCCCUCGGGCACGCAGACGCGGUUGCGUCACUGCGACGUGCUCUUCCCCACGGGGAACCAGUGCUCAGGGAACAGCACCGAGACCAGGGCCUGCGUCUUCCACUCCAACUUCAUCCCAGAAACAUCCAUUGCACGCUCUAGUAGAGAAGAAAAACGGUGUGGAGAUUUCAACUUGUUCCACAUGAUUGCAGUUGGUCUUAGCAGCUCGAUUCUAGGCUGCCUUAUCACUUUAUUGGUUUACACAUACUGCCAGAGGUACCAGCAGCAGUCCCAUGAUGCAACAGUCAUUCACCCCAUAUCUGCUGCUCCACUCAACACGAGCAUCACCAACCACAUCAACAAGCUGGAUAAGUACGACUCUGUGGAAGCCAUCAAGGCUUUCAAUAAAAAUAACUUGAUUCUGGAAGAGCGAAAUAAGUACUUCAACCCCCACCUGGCUGGGAAGACUUACACCAAUGCCUACUUCACAGAUCUCAAAACCUAUGAUGACUAUUAAGAUGUGUUGUGCUUCCUGCGUUCUUCACCUGGGAUGGACAGAAGGACAAUUGAAUUUCUUUUAAAUAAAGCUGUCUCUUUUUUGCUUUGUGGUUUGUAAUGAGAUUUUCAACAUUCUGUGUGGAACCUUCUUCCUCCGGUUCAUCGUCUGCUGCCUACUUACAGAAAGCCAUACAAUGAGCCCAGAGAAAGGACACCAUGUCUCCGUAGGUGCCGGAUGUUUAUUUGAAAAUCCACUUUCAAGGACUCAAUUCUCAGCUUCUGUGUGGGGAGGAGGCAGACUGGAAACCGAUUAACUGAGGUGAAAAACCAGGGGAAAAAUCGAAGAGGAGUUUAAAAUGCCUCUUUGAGUCCUGGAACUAUUUGUGGAAAAAAAACAGCUUUUUGGGAGAUAUACCACAAGACUGAUUUGCAUGACUUUAUCAAUUGUUUAUCUGUUGCUUCAUUUAUUUGCAUGGUUGAUUGCAUUCCAAAAAAAAAGUCCUGGACCUCCUUUUUUUUCUGGGCUUCUUUGUCUGCUGUGCUGCGUAAGCAGGUCGUGUGCCUAGCCAUACGUCCCGAUGCAGUGCCCUCUUCAUACACCAUCUGGGAGAAAGGGCCAGCUCCUUGGACAAAGUCAGACAAUCAAGAUGUAGAUAUUUAGGUCUCUGGCAAAAAAUGUUCCUUUUAUUGUAUGGGCUCCCCA